AACUCCCCGCUCUCGCUUCAACCAGACCACUGAUAAUCAACCAGACAAUCAACCUGGCAUAUCUCUCGCAUUAAUAAAUAACCGAUUCCGAUGUAGGAUUAAAGCGCAUAACUUACCCCGCCCUUGAUAGAGUCCAGUGUUUGUUCCUCCGUUUCGGGCGAAAUAAGCUCAUAUUCUAACUUCAGCCACAAUAUAAGCACAUAAGUCGUCGCAAAAAUGUGUCAAGAUGAAGUGGAAGCAGGGCAUGAGGUUAUUGAACCAGAAACACACGAUGAUGCAGACUCGACUUUGAGUAGUGGCAUGCAGUCGUCAACGGCAUCACUCACCGCUUCAAUUCUCGAGUAUCGAACAAUCCAUGGACGAACCUUUCACAGCCAACGGGGUCCUGGCGAUGCCGAAUACUGGGCACCCAACGAUAAUCAGCACAAUACCAGUAUGGACAUUCAGCAUCAUGUCUGGACAUUGCUGCUCGACGGGAAACUCUACCUUGCACCGCUUCCAAGCGACGCUGGCAAGGUCCUUGACAUUGGCACGGGAACGGGCAUCUGGGCUAUCGACUUUGCGGAUGAGCACCCGGAGGCAACUGUAUUAGGCGUCGACUUGUCGCCCACUCAGCCGGAAUGGGUUCCGCCAAACUGCAGAUUUGAGAUCGACGAUGUAUCUCUGGACUGGACUUGGCAGAAUGACGAAUUCGACUUUGUACAUCUUCGUACAAUGUUCGGCAGCUUUACGGACUGGCAGCAUGUCUUUAACGAGGCUUACAGGGUCUGCAAGCCUGGCGGCUUUGUCGAAGACUUUGAGGCAAGUGCUGAUUUGAUCUCGGACGACGGUACUGUCACCCGAGAGAAUGGCACUGCACUGGGGCAAUGGGGCAAGCUCUUCCAUGAAGCCGGUUGGAAGACUGGCCGCAGUAUGGCAAUCUUUGAGGAAGACACGCAGGUGAAAUGCAUGAAGGCAGCGGGUUUUGUGGACGUGGUGGUCAAAGAUAUCAAGUGUCCGUUGGGCCAAUGGCCGAAAGACCCCAAACAAAAGGAAAUUGGGUCGUAUGAUCUAGCCGCCGUCGAAGAAGGCCUAGAAGGAUACGUGAUCUACAUGUUCAACACGAUUCUUGACUGGUCUAUGGAGGAAGUCCAGGUAUACCUCGCAAAGGUCAGGAAAGAGUUGAGAGACAAGAAGCAUCACACGUACUUCUGGACGAGGACGGUCUACGGGAGAAAGCCCACACCGCAGGAAUCAUGACAACGGAAUAAUGUGUUUUGACUCCCGGCAAUCUCAAAAGAUUGAGCAUACUCAAUCCAGUGGGAGAAGUUGGUAUCUUUCCUAGAGUGCUAACCUUCGGGUACGAGCUGCGGUGCUUAGACAAUAGCCAACGACGAGAGGAUCGCGUUCGAGCGACAUACACGACAAUAUCCACGGUCGGACGAGCCUUACCUAUGCACACUGUACAUCGGAUUUUUAUUUUCCUUACAUAUCAGAACAUUUAUUCAUUUAGCAUUAGCCCACUAUACGCGCUAGCCAUUACCAGACCGCGAUGUGCAUUGCUCAACGUGACGGCUUGAUAUACUCGAUCGCAGAGCUCAACAGAGGCGUGCCUAGGAUGAGGCCUUGGCAGCGACUGGACUCAGAGAAUUGGAGUGC